AUGCAGCAGGGCUAUGCGGCCGUCCUGUGCCCUCCAACAUCACCCACCUGGCAAGACAGUGGCAGGGGAUGGCCCCAUGAUGGGGACACUCCAGCAGCCCGCAGGGGCUCACUUGGGCCACCCUCUUGCCCCCAGCGCAACAGGACAGUGUCAGAGGUGGCACUACAGUAUCUCUGGUUCCAUGUCAGCUCCCAGGCUGUUCUGAGGAUCCAUGAGGUGCUGCUGGAGAAGCACCCAUCCUGGAAGUACACACAGGAGCUCUGCCAGCUCUUGGAUGCCCUGGGCAAGGAGUACAGCAAGUACUGGCAGACGGACGUGGAGGUAGUGGUGGCUGACCUGGUGAAACUGAUUCACAGUGCAGGCAUGGAGAGCCGGAGGAAGGCAGUACGCCCCAAGGCACUGCUGGACAACUGCCUCAAGGUCAUGUGGAUGCUUUACAGGGCACCCUGUGAGUGGGGACCCCGGGGGGAUGACACAGACCUAUAG